AUGAUGGUGUAUGGAAAGUCCCUUAUAUGGUGGAUCUUCAGUUUAUUCUACCUGAAAAGAGCCUGGGGAAUAUCUGAACCAUCUUUUAUAGCAAAGAGUGAAGAUAGACUAUUCAAAUAUUUAUUUCAACAACAAGAUUACCAGAAAUGGGUUCGUCCAGUCGAACACUUAAAUGACACAGUGAAAGUGAAGUUUGGUCUUGCUAUUACUCAACUUGUAGAUGUAGAUGAAAAAAAUCAGCUAAUGACCACUAAUGUAUGGCUGAAACAGGAAUGGGUAGAUGUUAAGCUAAGGUGGUCUCCUAGUGAGUUUGCUGGAAUAACAUCAAUUCGAGUGCCAUCUGAUUCUAUAUGGAUUCCUGACAUUGUUCUCUAUGAUAAUGCUGAUGGACGUUUUGAAGGUUCUGUUACCAAAGCUGUUGUGAAAUAUGAUGGCACAAUAAACUGGACACCACCAGCUAAUUAUAAAAGUUCUUGUACUAUUGAUGUGACCUUUUUUCCUUUUGACCUCCAAAACUGUUCCAUGAAGUUUGGAUCCUGGACUUAUGAUGGGGCACAAGUUGACAUCAUACUUGAAGACUACGAAGUAGACAAAAGAGACUUCUUUGAUAAUGGAGAAUGGGAAAUAGUAACUGCAACUGGAAACAAGGGGAACCGAACAGAUGGAUGCUGUUGGUACCCAUUUAUUACCUAUUCCUUCAUCAUAAGACGCUUACCCCUCUUUUAUACACUCUUUCUUAUUAUUCCUUGUAUAGGACUUUCCUUCUUAACCAUCCUUGUUUUUUACCUCCCCUCUAACGAGGGUGAAAAAAUUUCACUGUGCACAUCUGUGCUUGUGUCUCUGACUGUGUUUCUUCUGGUGAUUGAAGAAAUUAUUCCAUCUUCCUCCAAAGUCAUUCCUCUUAUUGGAGAAUAUUUGGUGUUCACCAUGAUAUUUGUAACUUUAUCAAUUGUUAUAACAGUUUUUGCCAUCAAUAUCCACAACCGAUCUUCCUCAACACACAAUGUAAUGGCACCAUGGGUGAGGAAGAUCUUCCUUCACAAGCUUCCUAAACUGCUUUGUAUGAGGAGCCAUGUGGACAGGUACUUUACACGAAAAGAAGAGACAGGAAUAGUCAAUGGACCGGAGACCUCUAGGAACACAUUAGAGGCAGCUUUGGAUUCCAUUCGUUAUAUAACACGGCAUGUGGUUAAAGAACAUGAAGUUCGUGAGGUUGUUGAAGAUUGGAAAUUUGUGGCUCAAGUAUUGGACCGCAUGUUUUUAUGGACAUUUCUUCUGGUUUCAGUCAUUGGCUCCAUAUUUCUAUUUAUUCCAGUCAUACACAAGUGGGCGAACAUCAUUGUGCCCAUACAUAUUGGGAAUAUGUAUGGAGACAGACCUACAUGA